AUGCUUUCUUGUUAUCAUUUUAGAUUAUCGCUUGAGCUUAAUAUUUAUGAUGGUUUUGGAUACCUUGUGUCAUGCAAUGUAGAGUUUCCAUUCGAAUUCUGGGCCUUAGAAGUUGCACAAGAAGCUAUUUGUAGUUGUCUUGAUGCUCGCACAAGAGAAUUGGAAGCUGAAGCUUAUUCAGCUUUAGAUGAGCUGACCUCCAAGGUUAUUACUCUUGAGGAUGUAAUAAAGGGAAUGAAGGAGAAUUCUACACCAAAGUGGAAUGAUGUAGUUGUUUUCAUUCUUCCUGAGUUUGACAGACAUUAUCUGAUCAUUAAUCACAUUGGAUCUAUCCGUGCUGAGCAUGAUGACUUUACUAUUCGUUUUGCUUCCGCCAUGAACCAGCUUUUGUUGCUGAAAUCAGCGAAUAGUACAGAUGCUGAGUGGUGCAAAGAAGUUAAGGGAAGCAUAUAUGAUAUGGUUGUUGAAGGUUUUCAGAUUUUAAGCAGAUGGACUGCACACAUCUGGGAACAAUGUGCAUGGAAGUUUUCUCGGCCCUGCAAAGAUGUUCCUCUGGAAUUACAGGAGGCAUCAGCAUCUUUUUCUGACUACGAAAAGGUUGUACGAUAUAAUUACAGUUCAGAGGAAAGGAAAGCCCUGGUUGAACUUGUUAGCUAUGUUAAAAGCAUUGGAUCCAUGAUGCAGCAAUGUGAUACAUUGGUGGAUGAUGCUUUAUGGGAAACAAUACAUGCAGAGGUCCAGGAUUUUGUCCAGAAUACAUUGGCUACUAUGUUGAGGACUACCUUUCAGAAGAAGAAGGAUCUCUCUAGGUGGGAUUUUACUUUGUUUUUAGUUAUUUAAAUGGUUAACAUAUUUGUUAUUUACUCUGAUUGACUCAAUUGGACAUUCCAUCUAAAAAGUUGAUGCUACCCUGAUAUACACUAUGCCUAGAAUCAUUACACUAGUAAGACAACAAAUUUCCAAAUGAAAAUAUUUCCUUUCCUGAAUUUCAAGGCUAAUUCAUUUAAUAUCCUAUUAUGUAUAUUAGUUGUAUUACGAGUAGGAUGUUCCAAAAAACUUAUAUGUUGAUUUGAU